CUGGCACAUCCAAAUUUCAGACAUAUCUCUGUCAUUACAGCCUGGAACAUGCAUAGAGAUAAAAUAAAACAACUUGGUGCACAACAGUUUGCAAGUGAUACAGGACACCUUGUUGACUUCUAUUCCAUAGACAAAUGGAAGCUGCCAUCAGCACAUAACAAUGGAAAGAAACAGAAGAAGUCUAAGAAAAUGCAUGCUUCAGAAGUGAUCGACUCUGCUACCCAAAAAAUUCUUUGGAAUCUGCCACAUAACUCUUGUCAACAUGUACCUGGGAAAUUAUCAAUAUGCAAAGGAAUGCCAGUACUAAUUAAGAACAAUGAAGCAACUGAAUGUUGCAUUACCAAUGGUGCUGAGGCCAAAAUUGUGUCAUGGCAUAGUCAUCAUGAAGAUGGAGUUGCUAUCCUUGAUACCUUGUUUGUAGAGUUGGUUAAUCCUCCACAUGAAGUACAGCUUGAAGGGCUUCCCCUGAAUGUUGUUCCCCUUACAAAGCAUUCUAUAGAUGUCACAUGCAAGAUGCCUGAUGACACUGAGACAAUUAUAAGACAGCAAGUCCUAAUCUUACCAAACUUUGCCAUGACUGAUUAUGCAUCCCAAGGCAGAACUCGGCCUAAUAAUGUGGUCUAUCUAAAUAAUUGCUCGAAUCACCAGUCUUAUUAUACUUGUUUAUCUAGGAGUGCAUCAGCUGAAGGGACAAUUAUUGUGCAAGGGUUUGAUCCUAGUAAGAUGAUGGAAGGAGCAUUUGGUUACCUUAGGCAGGAAUUCCGAGAACUUGAAAUCUUGGACAAUAUCACUGAGCUGCAGUAUAAUGGCAUGCUACCUGGUCAUAUAGAAGGGCAUAGAACAAACACAUUAGUCCGACCAUAUCAAUUAUGGAAGAAGAAUGAGUGUCCCAAGAAUGUUCAUCCUGCAACAGCCUCAUAG